AUGAUGAUGAACAAUAAUAAUAACCAUGACACAACCUCUUCUGCUACACUCAUCAGGAGGAGAAGGAGUAGUCUAUUGAAUAUUAUACCCUCAAUGUUAUUGGGAGGUGGUUCUUCAUCAGAUCUGCUCUCUUCGAGUGCCGUAACGACUUCGAAUACAACCAAUAAUAAUUCAGCCAACAAUGUAUCAAAUCAAAAUCCUCAAGCCUACAAUAUUUGUGUGUUAGGUACAAGAGGAGUUGGUAAGAAAUCACUGGUUUCUUACAUGAUUAAUGGUUACUACAAUCCUUCUACAUUUAUGAAUUCAAUUCGUCAGGUGGGAGAUGAAGAAGAAUUAGAUGAUGAGGCUUCUACUUGGACAGCCAAUGAUGAUCAAUCGGUUCUAUCGGAGAGGAGUUCAUCCUUCUCAUCAUUACAUUCGUUCAGGAAGGAGAAUGAUGAAUUGAGAGCAGACUAUUCAAAGGUGAUUGAGGUGGAAAAUGGAGAAAGAAAUGUAAAACUAAACUUUUUCUUACUUUCUCAUUCCUUUUCAGAUAUAAGAAAUAGAAACAUGAUGGAUAGUGAUUUGGAGUUUGUAAAAACUGUGGCUAGAGCCCAUUUAGUGAUUAUGGUUUACGAUGUAACAGAGCUGCCUUCAUUCGAAUCUCUUGUCCUUUACCAUGAACAAUUAUCAAAGAUAACCUCAAAUCUGCCUUCAGACGAAACCCAUGCUGAUCCACUUGCUAGUUUCAAAUUUGGAUCCCCUCAGAGUCCAGCUCUAUUAAUGACCUCUCCAAGAACUCCUAGAGGAGGUCAGCAACGAAAGAUAAUGGCAGUAGGAGUCAAGACAGACCUCGAGGAUGAUAGAACAGUUUCAGAGUCACAUAUUCUCUCACAUAGGAAUGUUAUUGGAAGUGAUAUCAAGUUUUAUGAAUGUUCGAGUGUUACUGGGGAGAAUGUGCUAACCUUCUUUGAGGAUGUGAAAGAACUUGCAAAAUCAAUAAUAAGGCCAAAGAGCGUUACAGCAAAUAUUGAAACAAAACAGAGAAGGUCCAGUUUGGUGAUUUCAUCUUCAAGAACGAAUAACUCUGCCUCAUCCAGUACUCCAAAUUUGGAAAAUAGAAGAGCUAGUCUUAGAUUGGUUGACUCUUUCAAAAAUAUUGGAAACAAAAUAAGAAAUAGAUCAAAUUCCAUUUCCACUAGCUCUCCAGUCAUUAAUGAAAAGAGAAGAUCUCAAUCUAUUGGUUUAAUCAUCUCACAACAUGAACAAAACACUGGUUACAAAAUCUCAUCACUCAAUUCAGAUUUAGAUAACGGAUCUCAAAAGAAACAACAAACAGUUAACAAUAAUUCUAAAUCAUUCCCUCCAUCAUCAUCUGAACCACCACAAUCCAAAGAAGUUAGAAAAAGACCUAACACUCUAUUUAACAUUUUCAAACGUAAAUAA